UCCAGAGUUAAAAAUCGAAUGCUGAAUGACAUUGAAUAUUGAAAUGGCUGGAAAAGUAAGCAUUGGUGUGAUUUUUAUGAUAAAAAACUUAGGACCCGAGCUUUAUUUACGGGAAAUCAUCCAUGUUGAAAGUAAUGCGCUUUUUGCCUCCGGGUUAACCGUUGAUGAGUCAUGUUAUAUUUUCUAAGUAGAGGUUUCGUUCCGGGGGAAAGUAAUAAUGGAACUCUUGUCUUUAUAAUUGGAUUGGAUAUACCGAAGAGCUUUCACUUUCCGACAACAUUUGUCAUUUUUGUGGCAAAAAUAUUGUUGCAGAGAAUAUGCUUAGACAAUGCUUCUAUUUGGACAUGUAAGCGGUUCUUUUCUUUCUUCUCCUUACUUAGAAAUGUAGAAUAGGGUGGUACUGCUGGUAUACAAUAGAAAGUACUAGUAAUGAUUGGACUGAUUGAUAUGUUUUAUUUUGUGACUCAACGGCUUAGGUUGAAAGUUCGUCUGUGUUGAGUGACUCGACGGCUUAUUCGUAUGCAAAUGUUUCCGUACCGCACUUUCAAACACUGUGCCGACGAAACAAAGCAUCUUACAGACCGAUGUCUGUAGACAACUUAUUACCAUGCAGUAUAAAGAUGGACUGUUUGCGGCUAGCCGCAGUACACGACAACUGAGCGCGAUGGCGACAACAUCUCACCUGCUGAAUAAGAGGCCGAAGAAGACUUUGACGCUGAGUCAGAAAAUCGAGGUCAUCAGACAUUACGAGAACUUCGGCAGAGGAUCACGGCGUCUGGCGCAGGAUUUCGGCGUGGGGAAGACUCAGAUUCAAAAUAUCAUCAAGAGAAAGAGAGAGUACCUCGACGACUUCGAGAACAACGUACCGCCGACCAAGAAGAGAAACACCCGCAUCACCGGGAACGAAGAGAUCAACAAGUUGUGCUGGGACUUCUACUGUGACACCACAUCCAGGGGUGAGUCUUGUAACGGACCGAUGCUCCAAGAAGCGGCAUUGAACUUUGCCAAGGACCUGGGCGUAGUGACCUUCAAGGGGUCGAACGGAUGGCUUGACAGUUUCAAGCGGCGUCACAACAUCGCUGCAAGCGGCACGUCGAAAAACAGUCCUCUGGUGGAUAUUGGAGCAGGCGCGGGUUAUGAUGCUUCCGACGACGCAGGUAGCGACGUAACUCCUGACAUUUCUAAGGCGAGCAGCCACAACGGAAUGCCUCAAAUUGAAAACAUCGAUGCAGGCGUGGACGAUGUCCAGGACGUCAAGGGGCGUGAACAGAUUACUACCAUCAAUAGCCACACAUCUGCAGACAGUUCUCAUGAGAACUUGGUAACCAUUGGGACAAACCCAACAACCUGCAACGCAGAGAAAGCAGUCCAGAACCCACAACCCACAACACUGUCAGAGGCGGUCGCAGUGAAAGAGGAAAGCGAAGACAGCAAGAAGUCAGAGGAAGACAACGUCAAUGGGGACAUCUGUAACAUCAAGAACCUCGCCAUGGCGAUAGAGUAUACCAGGCAGGUGAGACUGUUCUGCUUGAAGGAAGGACUACAGGUUCAGCUGUCUAACAUUUCGGCAGUAGAGGGUGGGUUGUGCGGCAUCGGGAGGGAAAGACGAGCUGCGGCUGCGACGAAACAGAGCAAGAUGGAGGACUUCUUCAAGAAGGCGUAACUGAAAACACUGCAUGGAAUGGACCCG